AGCAGGUUUUAGUGCGUCAGUGAGGACCGGUCACCAUGAGGAGCUGCUGCAUCGUCUGGACUCUGCUGCUCAGCAUCGCUGCGGCUGCAGUGUUUGUGGAGAAACGGGAAGCGAACACGCUGCUGCCGAGAAGCCGUCGAGCAAACAGCGGCUUCCUGGAGGAGCUAAAACAAGGAAACCUGGAGAGAGAGUGUGUCGAAGAAAUCUGUGACUACGAAGAAGCUCGAGAGGUGUUUGAAGACGACCACCAGACGAAACAGUUCUGGCUGACGUACGACCGUCGGGACCCGUGUCUGGAGAACCCGUGUCAGAACAACGGAUCAUGUGUUUACGUGGGAAGCAGCUAUGACUGUGUGUGUCCGGAGGGAUUUGAAGGACGAUACUGUCAGACAGUGUUUGAAGACUCAUUAAAGUGUCUUUACCUGAACGGACGCUGUCAACAUUUCUGCGACGGCUCCGGACAAAGACGUAAAUGUUCCUGCGCUGACGGAUACAAAGUGGCAGACGAUGGACAACAGUGUAUAGCUCAAGCGGAGCAUCCGUGUGGUCGGCUGGCUCCGCAGGAAACGGGCCUGAACCAGAGCCUCGUGGGUCAGACCCGACUGGUGGGAGCCAACCAGUGUUCCUCAGGAGCGUGUCCCUGGCAGGUUCUGGUUCAGUUGAACCUGACCAGUCACUGCGGAGGAGUUCUGAUUCGUCCCGACUGGGUCGUCACCGCUGCCCACUGUGUCCAUGGCAACGACGCACAAGCCUUUGUUGUGGUCGCAGGAGAAAACAACCUGGAUGUAGAAGAAGGCACAGAGGACAGGGUUCCUGUUGCCAUGGCGAUUGUCCAUCCAAGUUACGACGCAGCGACGGGCGACAGUGACGUCGCUCUGCUUCACUUAGGCCGACGCGUCACCUUGAACCGUCACGUCAUCCCCGUGUGCCUUCCCAACAAAGACCUGGCAGAGCGGGAGCUGCUGCGGGUUCGAUACCACACGGUGACGGGCUGGGGUAAGAGAACCAGCGGGGGCAACGUUGAGUCCGCCGGCGCCCCGCCCGGCGCUCCGGUCUCCCCCGACCUCCGCAAGAUGACCGCCCCCAUCAUCCCGAACUCGCACUGCUCCUCCAGAGCUCGGUUCAACUUCACCAGCAACAUGCUGUGCGCCGGCUACCUGGAGGGGGCGCAGGAGAGCUGCCGCGGGGACGACGGCAGCCCGCUGGUCACAGAGUACGGCUCCACCCACUUCCUGACGGGUGUGGUGGGAUGGGGGCGGGGCUGUUCACAGCCUGGUUAUUAUGGGGUGUACGCCAACAUGGCCAACUUUGUGGACUGGGUGGAGCACACCUUAAAAGCCCCGCCCACCACCAUGACAGCCAGUGAGAAGCCAGUGGAGGAAAGUGCGCCCCCUACUGACAUGUUGGAACAGAAGAUCCUCCGCCCCCUCAGUUUUUCCAGCUCGCCAUCACCACCUUCUUCCAGGGCCAUGUUGUGGUUUCACCGGCUGACCCUGGGGCUCCUGCUGCUCCACCUGGCCGCCGCUCACGUCUUUCUGGACAACGAGGCGGCCAAUCAGGUUCUGACCCGGCGGAGACGAGCCAACAGCUUCUUCGAGGAGGUCAAACAAGGCAACAUGGAGAGAGAGUGCCUGGAGGAGCGCUGCGACUGGGAGGAGGCGCGGGAAAUCUUUGAAGACGCAGAGAAAACGAAUGAAUUCUGGGCCAUAUACAUUGAUGGCGACGCGUGCGUGUCAUUGCCCUGUGCUCAUAGCGGACAUUGCAAAGACGGAGUCGGCAGUUACACCUGCUUCUGCCAUGCCGGCUACCAGGGCUUCAACUGUGAGAUCGUGAUUCCUGAGCUCUGCGAGUCCAAAAAUGGCGGCUGCGAACAUUACUGCAAAGUGGUCAGAGGAAAUGUUCAGUGCUCCUGUACUGACGGAUACUUCCUGGCAUCAGACGAUAAAUCCUGCCACUCCAACCAGACCUUUAAGUGUGGAGCCGUCAUCAGCGCAGACACCAGGGCGGUCUUCAGGUACGUGCGACAGAACUCGACUGGGUGGAACACGACCGACCUGAACACCAACUCUAGCAGCGACGACGUACAAAUUAUGCCAGAAAACGCAGUUUUCGAGGAACCGGUCAAUGCUGAAAUGGCAAGUAUGACCCGUAUCGUCAACGGAGAGGACUGUCCACCAGGAGAAUGUCCGUGGCAGGCUCUUCUCCUGAACGAGGAAGACGUCGGGUUCUGCGGAGGGACGAUUCUCAACGAGUACAUCAUCAUGACUGCGGCCCACUGCAUGAACCAAUCACGCUUCAUCUACGUCAGGCUUGGUGAGUUUGACACGUUGGUGGAUCACGGUAACGAAGCUACGCACAAUGUGGAAACUAUCAUCACCCACUAUAAAUACAAACCAGAAACGUACAACAACGACAUCGCUCUCAUCAAAUUAACCAAACCCAUCAAGUUCUCCAGGUUCAUCCUGCCGGCCUGUUUACCCGAGCAAGAGUUCGCUGAGAAGGUCCUGAUGCGGCAGCCUGACGGCAUGGUCAGUGGUUUUGGUCGCCUUGGCGAGCGUCAGGCUGCGUCCACCAUCUUGCAGCGCCUCAUGUUACCCUUCGUGGAUCGGCUCACCUGCAUCGAAUCCACCCAAUUCCGCGUCACCACCCGCAUGUUCUGCGCCGGGUACCACACGACCCCCAAGGACUCCUGUCAAGGUGACAGUGGGGGGCCGCACGUCACCCGCUACCGCAACACCGCCUUUGUCACCGGCAUUGUGAGCUGGGGUGAAGGCUGUGCACGCGAAGGGAAAUACGGCGUCUACACGCAGGUGUCCAAGUACACCCGCUGGAUCCGUGAGGGAAUCGAUAAGCUGAUGCCAAAAGAGCCGAGUGGCCACAGAGUGAAGAGGCACCGCGGCGCCAUCAAGAGGCUGUUUCUGUUGUGUGUGUGCAGUGAGAUCAGUGUCAUGGCGGACGCCAGCAUCAUGUCGGUUUGUUGUCGAGUGUCUGUUCUCGCUCUUUGUUUCCUCGUCUGCUUCCUUCAGGUUCUCAUCCAAGGACAAGUUUUCCUUCGGGCUCCGCAGGCUCAUCACGUUCUGCUGAGAACCAGACGGGCCAACAGGUUCCUGCUGGAGGAGGUUCUGCAGGGGAACCUGGAGCGGGAGUGUUACGAGGAGCAGUGUAACUAUGAGGAGGCGCGGGAAUAUUUUGAAAACACAGAGAAGACGAACUCGUUCUGGACCUUUUACCAAGACCGGGCUCAGUGCGAGCCCAGCCCCUGCCUCCACGCAGGGAACUGCACCAACCACAUGGGCGGGUUCCAGUGCUCCUGCCCCGCCCCCUACUCUGGAACAAACUGUGGGCAGAGAGAGGCAGAACCACGACCGACCCCCGCCCCGCUGGUCAAGACACCAGAAAUCGUAGAGUGUCCGACUGGCGGUCCGACAGCGUGUCACCAGAUGUGCACGGUGUCCUUGCGCUCCUUCACCUGCUCCUGCACCACGGGAUUCAAACUACAGACCGACCAACGCAGCUGUGUGCCUGAAGGGGAGUUUCCCUGCGGACGACUUACUGACAACGCGACCACGUCAACGUGUUGCCAUGGAAACUGUCCCUGGCAGGUGUCGCUGCGGAGCAGUCGAGGGGCGGAGCUGUGUGGGGGCGUGGUGCUGGGGCGGCGCUCCAUCCUGACCGCCGCCCGCUGCCUCGUGCUGGACUCGGGUUCCGACCUGCGAGAGUCCAGAUUCUUCGUGGUCGCAGGCAACAGGAUGAUGCUCAUCCCCGUCCGGGCUGUGCACAUCCACAACCGUUUCCGAUUAGAUCACCAUGACAACGACCUCGCCCUCCUGGAGCUGGCCCACCCCCUGCGCUUUGGCCCCUCCCUCCUCCACCUCUGCCUGCCCACCAAGGACUUCAGUGAAAACAUCCUGAUGCAUUCUGGGAGGACGGGCGUGGUCGGGAGGCGGGGCGGCAGACGGAACCAGGAGCUGGUCUACAUGGCGCCGGACGAGUGUCGCGGCGAGUCGAGCGUCUCAACUCCGCUCGGCAACAAAAUGUUCUGCAUGAGGAGGCCGAGCGUUCGGGGGGAGGAGCCACACGAGUCUGGACCUUUCAUGGACGGGAGGCAGGAAGGACCUUUGAGGAAGCAAAAUGGCCGCCAGAAUCCCAACAGUCAACGUGGACACCAGGGGGCGCCAUUCGGAGCCAAAAAUAAAAACAGCAGCAGUUUGAAUACUGAAAAUCCGACAGCUUCGGGAUCAGACGGCGGUUUGUUGCCCGGUUCGCCCGUGAUCACCGUGGAUCGGGGGACGGCGUUUCUGACCGGGCUGCUGAUCUCGUCUUCCGCAGGCAGCGACGGUCUCCUGUUCACGAAACUUUCCCGCUACCUGACCUGGAUCAAACCCAGACUGGAGGCGUCCGAGAAUCGAAUGACGCCACAAGUCAGCCAUUAUCCCGAGGCUCGCUAACAACUCGCCAAACCGCCGCCAUCUUUGAAAUUCUCAGCUGACGAGCUGGUUUUCUUCAAAAGAUUCAUCUUUACAAACAACUUCCCUCCUGAUCGUCAGACCCUAGUCUGGUGACACCUGGUGGUCACCGGUGGUAACAGCAGGUGUGUCAAGUAUCAGGUGACAUUGUACUUCCUGUGGUUGCUUCACAAUAAAAGUAUCCCUGCCUUUACAGUAGUGAAAUUAAAGAAAAAUAAGAGACUAAUGCAGGUGAGAAAUAUUAAGUAGUUAAAAAUCCAAAUAAAGACUUUUAAUUGAUGUGAAACAUGUUUAAUGUGAAGCAGGAACUUCAACUUCCUGUCAAUCACUCAUGAGGCUGAAGCCUGACGCCUCACUCCCAGUCUAUAAACUAUUAAACAUUAAUACGUGAAUUAUUAUUGAUGAAAAAAUACAAAACGAAUAAAAUUCAGUUCAUGAAAA